UCUGGGUGGACAAUACACACUCUGCAAAGUGCCAACUCUCAGAAAGUCAAGGACCCAAUUGUGAGGAGCGGCAGCAUUUUCCGUGGGGGGAGAUUGGAUUUCCAGCUCCUCGUAGCAUGGGAGCGGCUCAUGGAAAGAAGAAGGAAUACUCGCUCCAAGCUAAAUUCCAUAAUGAAUAUGGAAAACAUGUAAUAAAUGGUUCAGCUUCCAUGUACUCAGAUAUACAGAGGGAGCCCCCUGAUAUAGGAAGUAUUCUGUCUCAUCCUGAUUAUCUGGAUUCCAACCCUGAACUUAUCAAACCCAAGAAACUCUUGAAUCCUGUAAAAGCAUCUAGAAGUCACCAGGAACUCCAUCGUGAACUGCUCAUGAACCAUCGGAGGGGUUUGAGCAUUGACAAGAAGCCGGAGCUCCAGAGAGUGUUGGAGAAUCGUAGAAGAGACAAGAUCAUACAACAGAAGAGACAGGAGGAGGAGAGUAAGAAGAUGCAGUCGCCAUUUGAACAGGAGUUGUUAAAGAGACAGCAGAGACUUGAGCAGCUUGAAAAAGAAGAACAGGAACCUAAAGAGGAAAGUCAUGCUCCCGAAUUCAUAAAAGUGAAGGAAAAUCUCAGAAGAACAGCGACAUUACCAAGUGAUGAGAGAGUAGUGUAAAAUAAUUGCCAACCAGGAAUGAAGUUCUGUGUCGAGCUGGAUUCGUGAUGUCACCUGGGCAUCUGUGUACUUGACUGACAUUGCAGAUUGUUUGUACAAGGAACUAUCCGUUAUCCCGACAGCAGUGUACGCCAUGAGAUUGUGCUCUCAGAAGUGAUGUGACACCCUGUAUUUAGCUGCCACAACAUGUAGUACACGAUGCUAAACCCUAACACCAGUGGAAGUGUCCUCAUACAACUGCACGUGGCUGUGGAGAUUUGUGGCUGCUGUGUUGCCCACGCUUUCCAUAUGACUCGAUGGUCAAGAGAUGUCAGGUUGUCAGUAGAUAACCUAUCCAAUGUGUAUGUAUAUGUUCAGGGCCACAUGGGAGCAUAUGGAUUAUUAGGCUGUGUAUACCACAUACUUGUUCUGCAUGUCAAAUUCCAAGAUAUGUUCUCUAAGUGUUGCACAGUCAUCUUUACUGCCACAUGAGGUGUCUCCUGACCAGGACACCUGCACUAUUGUGUUACCAGCCGACUGGUCUGGGCAGUAUUACAUUCCUAAUUCCAUAUUACUAUAAUGCAGUGUUUACCUGCAUAAAACAACCAUGGGAUCGUAGCGAGUUAGUGAACCAAGUGCACUCCUCCUUCUUUUAACCUUAGAAGAAUGUGGCUUGCUAUUUUUCCUUCUGACCACUAGAGGCAGCAGUGUGGUUGUCUGAUAUGGAUUCCUAACAAUAUGCACAUUUGACUUUAGAGUCAAUAAAGGCAAAGUUGCUGAAUUUAAUUCUGAAUGUACAGGGGAAGAUAUCUCAGGCAUAUGUAAAGCCAGUAUUCAAUCACGCCUUAAUGUUGUAAAUUUAAUAAUCUCAGUAAAGGGGAAGGAUCAUCACAAGUAAGAGGGGUUGUUUUAUCAUAGACAGCUACUAUUUAUAGGCCUAUGGAGGGCUCGUCCAGCUUCUCCUGACACAGAGGCAACCCCAGAUAAGUCAUCCCCAACCUUUGGCAAACUGCCAUCGCAUGAUGGGGAUUGUACUUCUGUGGCAGCUGGAAAGCCUCAGGUUGGGGAAUUCUAGUCUAGAUACAAAAACAAAAAUUUGGGUCAGAUUUACUAAAACAUGGAUUAGAGAAUUUGCCACAUUUAUCCAAAUGACUUCUGGUAUUUGAUAAACUUGCUGCAUCUGUAGAUAGUGUUCAAACAAAAUUGUGCUCCAAAUUUUUGGUGCAUUUUGGCACGAUGUCAAAUAGUGUCCCCUUUCCAAUAAGCCACUCCUCUGGCCACGCCUUUUGCGAGAUGAUAUAUACAAAGUAUAUAAGAUACAUGACAAAUGUGGCGCAAGGCGUAUAAGCUAGUGUUUUUUUUGUGAAAAUUGACAGAAUUCUGACCUAUUGGCAGUAGUAAACCUGCCCCAAAAUAUCAGUGUGGAUAAAGGGACAUUGUCAUUGAGUCUUGAAUAGACAUCAUACAUGAUGCACAAAAACAUCAACAUCCAAACUGUUCAUUUCAUCAGUGACUGAUCCUUCCCCUGUAAGAUUGUGACCCUAUCAAUAUCACUUCCUGCUGUGCAAUUCAGUAGAGCAUAUAUUUAUUUUGGCAUCGGUGCGAUGCCAGCUAUUUUUCUAUAUAGUCUUCUAAUCAGAAUAAAUCAAUAGAUGUAUAAUAUUUGCAUACGGUAUAAUGAAUACAGCACAAAGUAUUUUUUUAAAUCUAAAUCAGACCUUUACAAUCGCUUCAUUUUUUGCCCUCACUAAUGAUCAAGAAAUAAUAUGUUGCACUUUAUGUAUUAAUAGGAUUGUUCUAUUUCUCUACAGAUCUUUAUGCCAGAUAUUAGCAGACAAACCUUAUUCAUGUACUGAAUACAAUCAGAACUAUGAUUUAAGGCUAUUCUCACACCCAAAUGGUAAGAGUAGUGGUAUCUAUGAUGAGAGUAGUGGUAUCUAUGAUGAGAGUACAGUGGUCCCUCAACAUACGAUGGUAAUCCGUUCCAAAUGGACCAUCGCUUAUUGAAAUCAUUGUAUGUUGACGGAUCCGUGCAAUGUAAAGUAUAGGACAGUGGUCUACAACCUGCGGACCUCCAGAUGUUGCAAAACUACAACACCCAGCAUGCCCGGACAGCCAACGGCUGUCCGGGCAUGCUGGGAGUUGUAAUUUUGCAACAUCUUGAGGUCCGCAGGUUGAAGACCACUGGUAUUGGAGGUUAUACUCACGUGUCCCGGCCGCUCUGGACCAUCACUGCUGCCCUGGAUGUCGCCUUCCAUCGUUGUCGCUGUGUCCCCGCCGCUCUGGCAAGGCCUCUGCUUCCCUGGCAUCCCCGCUCUCUGUCGCCGCCAUCACGUCGCUACGCACGCCGCUCCUAUUGGAUGACGGGACAGUGUGCGCAGUGACGUGAUGACGACGAUGGAGAGCGCCGACGAUGCAGGGGAUCCCGAAGAGGAAGCGCCGGAGCCCCGAGGACAGGUAAGUGAUCGUCAGCGGACAACACGGGGCACCGUAAACAGCUAUCCGGUGGCAGCUGAAGCAGUCUGCGCUGCCGGAUAGCCGUUUAUGCGAUGGCACCGAUAUACAAGAGCAUCGUAUGUUGAUGCUGCCUUCUGAGAGGCCAUCGUAUGUUGAAAUGAUCGUAUGUCAGGGCCAUCGUAGGUCGGGGGGUCACUGUAGUGGUAUCUAUGAUGAGAGUAGUGGUAUAUGUGAAGAGUUUAGUGCUACUCUUGAUAAUUAUAUUGCCAUUUCACAGGCAUUACCACUUUGAUUUCGUACUUUUAGUUUUUCGAAAUUCCCCCCAAAAAUGCAGUUUUUGAGCAUCUAUUCUUAGAACUCUAUGCUGUGCCUGUUGUUCAUCCUGGAAAUUUUGGGAUUUAGGGAAAUGCCCUAUUGACAAGAGGAAUUGUGACACCCAGUUAUCAGUGGAUUCAUAGAUUUCCAGAAAAUAUGCUCCAGUUAAGAGUCUCAUAGAUUCCGUGCCUUGGGGUGCACUGUAUUUUAUUAUUUUUUUUCAUUUAAAAAUUGCAUACCUUGCCCUGUUAUCAUAUAAGUUUUCUGCCAUCUGUGUUAUCAAUGUAACUAACAGGAGUUUACAUUGCUAGUCCCUAGGGUGCAUAUAAGCUAAUAAGAAGGCAGUUUUACCUAAGUGUAGGGGGGCCUUCCCUGUUUUAAAUAUUGAAGUGGACACAGAUGGCAUAUUUUAGAAUAUGUAAAAAAAUAUAUAUUAUGGAAAAAGAGGGCGUGGUGUGAGAAGUGGCAGUGUAUGCAUGUAAUUGAGUGGGUGACCAUAAGACUCAUCUCUGUAACUUCAAAAUAACUAACAGGGGUUAUUACUUCUUGUUCCUGGUUAAAAUAGAAAGAGCAGCUCUGGGGCACAAACUUCUUCCCUUACAAGUAAAAUUCUGUACAGAUUAAGAGAACAUGAAAAUACGUAAAUACUGUGCAUGUAAGGGGCUCCAUUGAGAUUUUAUGAUUAUUUAUGGAUCUUAAAGGGAAAAAUGCAGUAGUCUAUUUCAUAUUCCUAAAUGUCCUGUAUUCCUUUAUAAGAAUUCUUCCAGUGAAUAGAAUUCGUAAAGGCCUAUUACAGGAUUCAUUUUUUCAUGAGCCUUUGAGCUCAUACUGUAUAAUAUUCUUCUAUUACCUCUGUGUGCGACAUCACCCACUGCAGCAAUACCACGUCCCCUGGAGACCAUGUGACUUAUGACAUAUUGUUUCUGGCCACAUGGAAUGCUGGGAAAGACUUGCGCUGCAGCACUUCUGGGUGUGGAUCCCAUGCAUGAAAAUGGGACAAAGCGGCGCAUGGAGGUAAUAGAAGAAUUUUACGCAGUAUUAUAACUUGACAUUAUGGGCUCAAAGGCUGAAGAAAAAAUCCUGGAAUGCCUCUUUAAGCUUCUAACCUCAAGUACAUUUUAUUUUGCACAUAGCUUAAAGGGGCACUCCAGUGGAAAACUGGUGCCAGAAAGUUAAAAAGAUUUGUAAAUUACUUCUAUUAAAAAAUCUUAAUCCUUUCAGUACUUUUUAGCAGCUGUUUGCUACAGAGCAAAAUCUUUAUUUUUUGAAUUUCCUUUUUGUAUUGUCGACAGUGCUCUCUGCUGACACCUGAUGCCUGUAUCAGGAACUGUCCAGAGCAUGAGAAAAUCCCCAUAGCAAACCUAUGCUGCUCUAGACAGUUCCUGACACGGACAGAGAGCAUCUUCUCCCUGUACCCAUCAUCCUUGAUUGAUAGAACUUUACCUGUUCAGGUAUAGGGAAAGAUGUAUCAGUCAAGGUCAGCAGGGCUGGAAGAAAACCCUAGGGACCACCUCAGUUAUUUGCAAUUCAGGCAACAUGAUAACAGGUUCACUGAAAUUUAAUUUCAAUGGGUAUCAUGUUUAGCGGCAUUGAACAAUCGCUUCCAGUAUGUAAAUCUAUUCAUCAGUCAAAAACCACUAAAUAUACCAUUUACCAACACCUGUACCAAAGCUACAUAAAAAAAUACAGGCCUUAUUUAAAGAGUAGCUCCCACCAUCUGUAUUUUUUUUUCUGUCCCUACCUAUUGUUAACCUAUCCCUAACCCCCUCCCUGCCUCUUAAAAAAAAAAAAAAUUCUACCUUAUAAAUGUCUCAUAUUCUGCUUGUCUGUAUAGCUCUGGCGGAAGCCGACUUCCCCAGCAGGCGUGACGUCACUGAUGCCUGCUGGGCACCGACUUCCGCCCUCACCUCAUCUAUGCUGCGCUCCUGUCAGGAGUGCGCAUAGAUGAGCGGCCAAUAGCACGGCAGGCUGCUCUGGGGUCUCCUCCUCCCUGUUUAGCAGUGCAGUGUUAUCCAGGGAGGAGGAGUAUAGGAGCAUCGCCCACCUGCCGCGCUCACCGCUGAGACCGAAAACAAAGUACGGGUAAGUGAAAUAAGACCUCACUUACCCGUACAGGACAUGUACAUGUCCGGCCGACAUUGGUCCUAAUUCAGUCGUGACGUCACGGCUGGCGGCAGCCGGCCACUAGGAGGGAGGUUUUCAAAUAUAAAAUACACUAUUUUAAUAAAAUAAAAAAAUUAUGAAUCUAUAUUAGAGAUAUAUUGUAGUGCAUAAGUACUACAACAUAUAUAAAAAAAAAAAGGUUGUGACAGUGCCCAUUUAAAGGAAAUCUGUCACCAGUGUCACCUGCACUAACCUGCCAGUACCGACAGGUAUUGCAGGUGACACUGAUGACAACGGUACUCUCCUUGGCCCGUUCCGUGUAAGGGAUCUUCGGUAAUCUUGUCUGUUAGCUUUAGCUCCGGGCACCCGGCUUGGAGCAUGGGCGGAGCAUAGUGACGCCACCGCUGCGGCUCUCUGCUUGGUCCCGCUGCUAGAGAACAGCAGUGGUGAUGUCACUAAGCUCUGCCCGUGACCCAAGCCUGGCCCGGAUCUGAAGCUAAUGGAGAAGAUUACCGGAGAUAACCUGCACGGAACGGGACAAAGUAAGUACCAUUGUCAUCAGUGUCACCUGCACUACCUGUCUGUACCGACGGGUUAGUGCAGGUGACACUGGUGACAUAUUUCCUUUAAAGGUUUUCUGGAGUUAAAAGAAUAGUUUGAUUUUGCUCCAGAAACAGCGCCCCUCCUGUCCAUGAGCUGUAUCUGGUAUUACAUCUGGCAAUCCUUGCAUUAUCUUAUAUUAAUGGAUAUCCUGCAUGUUGCCUUGAUAAAAAAAAUACUCAAUUAUUGCAAAACUAAGGCUGCCCGGGCAUGCUGAGAGUUGUAGUUCUGCUAACAGCUGCUAUCUUUUAUUGUAGUUUGAUCACAUCAGUUCCACUUUCUUACAAUUACUAUUUUUUUUUUUUUAAACCUGUAUAAAGCUCAUGUGCUACUUAUAGUGCUAGUGUACAUUCUUUGUGGCAGAGGGGCCUGUGACCCUCCUCAGGCAUUGGGGCCCGGAUGCAACUGCUACCUCUGCAGCC